AGUCUUGCUCUGUCACCCAGGCUGGAGUGCAAUGGCACAGUCUCAGCUCACUACAACCUCUGCCUCCCAGUUCAAGCAAUUCUCAUGCCGCAGCCUCCCAAGUAGCUGGGAUUACAGGAACUCACCACCAUAACCAGCUAAUUUUUGUAUUUUUAGUAGAGACAGGGUUUUGCCAUGUUGACCAGGCUGGUCUCCAACUCCUGACCUCAUGGGAUUCACCCACCUCAGCCUCCCAAAGUGCUGGGAUUACAGGCAUGAGCCACCACGCCUGGCCCGAAACAGGUCUUUUGAAUAACUUGAUAAACUGACUAAAAUUUAUAUGAAAAUACAAAAUCCUAAGAUAAACAAAGUUCAAGAGAUUAAGUGUGGCUUUGGAGUGGGGGUAUACAGUGGAGUGAAAUAAAGGGCUCAGAAGCAAUCCUAAGUAAUUAAGCAAAAUUAUUUUGCAGUUAAAUAGAAGAGGAACUCAUUAAUAAAUAGGUCUGGGACCACUGAAAAAUGAAAAACGAUCCUUAUGAUAUACCUUACCAAAAAAUCAACAUCAGGUGGUUUUAGGGUGUAAAGGUAAGCCAAAAUUUCAAAACUUUUAGGAGAAAACAGAUCCAAGAUGUCCUCAUGUUCCUAGAUAACAUAGUGUAGUGUGACUAAGAACAAAAACUCUGAAGCCAAGUUCAAAUCUUGUCUCUACCACAAAAUAAAUGAGUGACCUUGUACAUGUAACCUAAUCUCUGCCUCCAUUUCAUCCUUAAAUGAUGGUAAUAACUGUACUUACUUCAUAGGGUGUAUAUGAUGAUAAAGUAUAUAAAAAUUACUUAAAAAUAGCACCUGGAAUUAAGUAGUACUCUAGGUUAUAACUAACCCUGUUACUAUUAUUAUAGUGCUAUUGCACUCUUUCUCUUGUGCCAUGAUUAGUUUCUUCUGUGCAUAAAAGGUCAAAAAGAGAAAGGAAGAAAUCCCUUUUUAAUUCCUCGCUCUGAUGAUUCUACCCUUCAUGAUUAAAUAUAUGCAGAAGCUCUGAUCCUUAAGUUUCUAUUGCUUCUAGAUGAACAUGGGACUCACUAUCAAGGGUCUAAUCAGUUUGGGGCCUUCAGCUUCAUGGCUGGGUACCCAAGCACUCACUGUUCAACUCAACACCUAGUAAUGUCCAGUCCUGGCCCUUGGGGUAGGUGAGCUCAACCGUCUCAAGUAUCAAGCCCAAAAUAUAACAUCAGGUGAUACCACAACUAUCCUGCCUGCUGCUUGCUGCACCACGAAGUCUGCCAAGCUGGUAUUUCUUCUAAGAUUCUUCAUCUUCUGCUCAUUGAAUACCCUGUUAUUGGGUGGUGUUAAUAAAAUUGCAGAGAAGAUAUGUGGAGACCUCAAAGGUAUGAAGCUAAGGCAGAAAAUAAAUCCAAAGGUCAAUUAUGAAUGAGAGAGAAGAUAUUGGGAGAAAAGUGUGUUAUCUAGGUAGUCCAGGAAGGUCUUCCUUUCAUGACAAUACCCAUAGACACUUAGUCCCUUGACUCGGGGCAUUACUUACACUAGGGGUCCUUUGGAUGUUUGAUGAGAAAAAACAGAAAUGACACAAAGUCCUUUCCAGAUGGAGACCUCUUUUAUAGGAGGUCCAAAGGACUGGAAGUAUUUUGAAUCAGAGGUUGUGUGACAAAUUUCAAAGAUCCCAGACCAUUGACGAGUAUGUAUUGGGAUGAGAGAGAAAGGGGGUUGGAGACAGAGCAAAUUAAGACAUUUUCAGUAUCUGGGCUAUGGACAUAUACAGAACUCUUGGACAGAUGAUUCCUGUUUAGAGGAGCUCACAAUGUAAAUGGGAGAGGCAAUGAGACUUUCUUCCAUAGAUAGUGUGUGAAGGCUCAGCGCUUCCAGGGGAUGAGAAAGUAGCACAGUUUAUACCAUAAGUCAGACACUCCAAGUUCUGGACCUGUUCACUUAGCAGAUAUGUGCCCUUGGACAAGUCACUCAACCACUUAUUAUUCUCUUAGUCUCAGUUUCCCCAUGUGUAAAAUGAAGAUCAGAAAAGUGCCUGCUGCAGAGGGUGUUUGUGAGUAUGAAAUAAGAUUAUGCACAUAACUUUACCAGAGAGUAAAUUCCAGGCUGGCUGCUUGAGUAAGGUGGAUUGUCAAUACAACCAUGAUUGUGGCUGUUCCAACCACUUACUACCCAACUCUUAACAAUAAAAACAGAGGGUUUGCCUCUGAGAAGGCAAGAAAGGAGAAGAUGACGGGGUAUGAGGAUGAAAGAGCAUCACCCCAAGGUUAUGCAUUUUAGCAUUUUAGUAUGCAUCCUGCUUUAAGGAUAGCAGCAGGCAUGGUUACUUAAAUUUUGAAGUAUAGGUAGUAUAGUGAAUGUAUGAAAACUGGGGAGGAGGCACUCUGAAUUGCAUGUCCUAUGUGGGCAAUUAAAAGGAAAGGAAGAUGAUGUGGGGAAGCAGGAGGAUACUGUACUUUAAUAAACUGUAAGAUAGGAAAUGUAGGGAAGCUCAUCGCCCUGCACAAGCUAGUGGUGGAACCUCCUUUUUCACUGAUCACUACUUCUCCUUCUCCAAUACACUGCUCACGACAACAACCUGGAAUUUUAACCAAUUUGCAUUGUGCAAAGGCAACAUUUCCAAGCAACUCUAACUCCAAGAGAAAACCACAUCUUUCAGAGUCCUUGAAUAUGAGAAUAGUUCCAGGCUAAACGUAGGAAUUUUUAAGGGCCCAUAAAGACAAGUUCUCCUGCUGAGUCCUUACCAAUUCCCACUAACUCAAUGGGAACCUCUCAUGCAGAUCCCUGCAAAUUGGACAUGAAUUUUGGAAGCUGCUAUGAAGUUCACUUUAGAUAUUUCUACAACAGAACCUCCAAAAGAUGUGAAACUUUUGUCUUCUCCGGCUGUAAUGGCAACCUUAACAACUUCAAGCUUAAAAUAGAACGUGAAGUAGCCUGUGUUGCAAAAUACAAACCACCGUAA